GGCACACCUUAAUGACAAAGGUAGGUACCAGUUAACAACUAGGGGGAAGGACCCUCCUUUAAUUAUUAGUUUGAAGAGUGGAGAUAAGAGGUGGAAGGACCGUUACUUCUUCGUCCCUUUCGUCUCGUUGGGGUUACCUGCUGAUAGUAGGAUACCUUGUUCAUGGUCUCCUGCAUGUAGGCUUCGAGUUGAGUACCUUUGGGAUUCGAGGGAGUCUUCUGGUCGACUUAAGAGUAUUCUUGCUAUUCCUGAGGCGGAGCGUGAGUGGAGUGAUUUGUUGUCUGAAUCGAGUCUCCGUCAGAGUUCUUUGUGGCGCUCUGUUGAAAAACUCCCUGAAGACGUAGCUAUGUCCCGACCCUUUACACUUCCUCUAACCGGUUCCAAUGCCUUGGAACGUUUGCGUCAAGCAAAGAAAUCGUCCGUUGGGAGCUCAGAAGCUGAUAGAGAGGUUGUCGUGCCUCCGGCUGAUCCCCCUGUUUUGAUGCGGAGUCAGACGAAAAAAAAGAAGAAGGCUGUGCAGGAUGAUUCUUCCGACCCAUUUAGCGACACUGUUGCCCUUUCGUUCCCUUCCAAUGCUGCGGCCUAUAGUGAGAUUGGGCCUCACUUAGGAGAGAUUGAUAAGUUGUUGUGGCCCGAAGAUGAUCACAGAAUGGAGCAGGUUGGUACGGAUGGGUCAAUUGAUACCACUGUUUCUCAUUUGUUCCAGGGUUUCAAGGGGUCAUUUGGCUGA